AUGACGCUCGACGACCCAUCCGCCGACCCGUCGUCCAUCGACUCGGCCCUCUUCUUUGUGCUCGGCGCCUUCAUUCUGAACGUGAUCGUGGUCAUGCUGGCCGUCUGCUACUUCGACCCCUCCUCUACGCAACCGCCACUUGUCCAUAGGUGGUUCGCCACAAUCAAGCGAUCCUGUCUACCUUCAAAGCUAAAUUCUGAAACCGCCGUAUUAUUUGUG